CCGAGCCCAGAGAACGGUGCUGGGUGAGGAGCUGCUGAUGGCAACGCAGUUCGUGUAGGCGAUAUGAGCUUGGCUGGGGGCCGGGCCCCCCGGAAGACCGCGGGGAACCGACUUUCUGGGCUCCUGGAGGCAGAGGAGGAAGAUGAGUUCUACCAGACGACUUAUGGGGGUUUCACAGAGGAAUCAGGAGAUGAUGAGUAUCAAGGAGACCAGUCAGACACAGAGGAUGAGGUGGACUCUGACUUUGACAUCGACGAAGGGGAUGAACCAUCCAGUGAUGGAGAAGCAGAAGAGCCAAGAAGGAAGCGCCGAGUAGUCACCAAAGCAUAUAAGGAGCCUCUGAAGAGCUUGAGGCCUCGAAAGGUCAGCACCCCAGCUGGUAGCUCUCAGAAGACCCGAGAAGAGAAGGCACUGCUUCCACUAGAACUACAGGAUGAUGGCUCUGACAGUGAGUGGGGAUGUUUGGGUCAACUGACAAAAUUGAAAUAUGAGACUGUAGGACAGACCUGGGGUUUGGGAAGACAGGAAUUGACCAUCCCCUCAUUCCUUCCUGAAGAGACAUAUGAGCGGCUUGAGGCUGACAAAAAGAAGCAGGUCCACAAGAAGCGGAAGUGCCCUGGGCCCAUAAUCACCUACCAUUCAGUGACAGUGCCACUAGUUGGGGAGCCAGGCCCUAAAGAAGAGAAUGUCGACGUAGAAGGACUUGAUCCUGCUCCCACAGCUUCUGCAUUGACUCCCCGUGCUGGGACUGGACCCGUCAUCCCUCCUGCUCGCUGCUCACGUACCUUCAUCACUUUUAGUGACGAUGCGACGUUUGAGGAAUGGUUUCCCCAAGGGCGGCCUCCAAAGGUCCCUGUUCAGGAGGUCUGCCCAGUGACCCAUCGCCCAGCCCUGUACCGGGACCCUGUUACAGACAUACCCUACGCCACUGCUCGAGCCUUCAAGAUCAUCCGUGAGGCCUACAAGAAGUACAUCACUGCCCACGGACUGCCGCCCACUGCUUCAGCCCUGGGCCCUGGCCCACCACCUCCUGAGCCCCUCCCUGGCUCUGGGCCCCGAGCCUUGCGCCAGAAAAUUGUCAUCAAAUGAAGGGAUGUCUAGUCCUUAGAAACCUCUUUCCUGUCCUAACUUGGGGCUCUUAAGUUAGGGCUCUUAAGAAGCCCACUUCUCCCCUUUGUCAUUGCUGAUCUUUGUCCAGCCCGUCUCUGUAUUUCUUUCCCUAUCUUUUCCCUUAGUUCCUACACUGCUUUUGUUUGUGUUUUUUAAUCUAAUAAAAUAGAAAGAUCCCUUU